CUAAAGAAAACAUUAGAGUUCUGGAAAGAAGGACUCGCAUCUCAAAAAUGAGUUUUUGUUUAUGAUUUUAUGUUCUUAAAAAUAAUAACGAUAUGGCUGAUUAAACAUAAAAGAAGACAUUCAAACUAUUUGGGGUGGUGCUGGCCCAGCGGGAAGACGCCUGAGCCGUGGUAUGGGUGCUCAGCAAGGCAAGGAGACCCGUUGUGGAAGCGGGUCUUCUGUCAGCAGUACUCGGGGUAAACCGGCCAAACACUAUCAGAGAAGUAAAGCGUCUUCCAAAGAAUCAAGAUCAUCUUUGGCAGCUGGAAAUGUGUUUACGGAACAUAAUGAAGCCCUGUUACAAAGUCGACCACUUCCUCAAAUACCUGAUAUCUCUGAUGACAUUCGCAACCUCCCACCUCCCCUAGAUGGUUCCUCUCGUUGGAUGUCAAAAGAAAACCUUUUAUCUCAAGAUGAAAAUGAUCCUCAGCUCUUUGUAGCUUUGUAUGAUUUCCAAUCUGGUGGAGAGAACCAGCUCUCUCUUAGAAAAGGGCAACAAGUUCGAGUCUUGUCUUAUAAUAAAACUGGCGAAUGGUGUGAAGCCCAGUCAUGGAAUGGUCUUGUUGGUUGGGUGCCCAGCAAUUACAUCACUCCUGUUAAUAGCUUGGAAAAACAUUCCUGGUAUCAUGGUCCAAUAUCUCGCAAUGCUGCUGAAUACCUACUCAGUAGUGGUAUAAAUGGCAGUUUCUUAGUCAGAGAAAGUGAGAGCAGCCCAGGUCAGAGGUCAAUAUCUGUCCGGUAUGAGGGCAGGGUGUACCAUUAUCGAAUUAAUGAAGAUUCUGAAGGCAAGGUGUUUGUAACUUCAGAGUGUCCUUUCAAUACUCUUGCUGAAUUAGUUCAUCACCAUUCAAUUCAUACUGAUGGCCUCAUUACUGUCCUUUUGUACCCUGCCCCUAAAAGGAAUAAGCCCACGGUCUUUGCUCUGAGUCCAGAACCAGAUGAAUGGGAAAUUGAACGCACAGAUAUUGUGAUGAAGCAUCGGUUAGGUGGUGGCCAGUAUGGUGAUGUGUAUGAAGCUGUCUGGAAACGCUAUAAUAUGACAGUUGCUGUCAAAACUCUAAAGGAAGAUACUAUGGCUUUAAAAGACUUCUUAGAAGAAGCCGCAAUUAUGAAAGAAAUGAAACAUCCUAAUCUAGUCCAACUUUUAGGUGUUUGCACUCGAGAACCUCCAUUUUACAUCAUCACUGAGUUUAUGCAACAUGGAAACCUUCUCGAUUUCUUGCGGAAUACUACUCGCGAUAGUAUAAAUGCCAUCAUUCUCAUGCAUAUGGCUACCCAAAUAUCAUCCGCCAUGUCAUAUUUGGAAUCUAGGUGCUUUAUUCACAGAGAUCUUGCCGCCAGAAACUGCCUAGUUGGAGAUGGCCAUCUUGUAAAAGUUGCUGAUUUUGGAUUAGCACGUUUAAUGAGAGAUGAUACUUACACUGCUCAUGCUGGUGCUAAAUUUCCUAUUAAAUGGACUGCCCCAGAAGGUUUAGCUUAUAAUAAAUUUUCUACUAAGUCAGAUGUUUGGGCCUUUGGUAUUCUUCUGUGGGAAAUAGCCACUUAUGGAAUGUCCCCAUAUCCUGGAGUGGAACUAACAGAUGUGUAUCAUAUGCUUGAAUCUGGAUAUCGAAUGGAGUGUCCAGCAGGUUGUCCUUCUCGUAUAUAUGAGUUAAUGAAAGAAUGCUGGCUUUGGGAGCCCAAUGAUAGACCUACCUUCAAAGAUAUUCAUGAAAUACUGGAAAAUAUGUUUCAAAACUCUGAUAUAAUUGAAGAAGUUGAAAAACAACUGGAUCAGAAGUUUUCUGGUGUAACUAAAUCUGGAAGUGUUUCUUCUUCUAAGUCUCAUUCUUUUAAUGAAAAAACUUGCCAAAACAUGGUUUCUGAACUAGAAAACAAUGUCAUGUCUUCAGAGAGCCAAAACAUAUUUUCCGUUAAAUCAGUAUUUGUGCAGCUUAGCCGAUCUAGUCCUCGUUAUAAACAUACACCAGCUCCUCCUCCUAAACGAACGAGCUCUUUCAAAGAAAAUUCUUUUCCUGAUGACUUGGAUAAAGUUGAGGAUUGUAUGUUCUUUAGAGAGCCGCCUGAUGUCAAAUUUGAAGCUGGUGCAGAAGACUUUUCUAUGUGCAAUAAAAUUCCAAAAGGUGAUUCUCAUGAUCGCAUUUCAGAAAAAGAUGAUUCUGGGGUAGCAGCUUCUUCUUCUGAUGCUUCUUCCAUUCAGUUAAAGAAGUCAAAGAAAAAUAGAUCCCAAACAUCUCUUUCAAUUCAAAAAUCAAAGGAUGGUAACAAUGGUAAGAAAAAUGAGACAAAAAAGGUGAGAGUUGCAGCAUUGGAAGUUCAAAAUGUCAAGAAAGCUAUCAGUCGCUAUGGAACUUUACCAAAAGGUGCACGUAUUGGGGCUUAUCUGGAUUCGCUGAAACAACAUGGCUUGCACGAAGGUACCCAAUGUCCUCCUGAAACCAUUAUGGAAGGAGAAUUGGAAUGCCUCCGAGAAAUAAGUGAAGAAGUCCAUGUUGACCGAAGGGUGACUGGAUCAGUUACCAAUCUUAGCAGACUAGAAAUAAGCUCCAGACAUAUGGCUGGUAUGCGUUAUGGUUUAGAAAAUCAAUCUAUCAGAAAUUCUCACCGAUUUUUUCUCAGGCAAAAAUCUGAUCUAACACAUAAUAAAAUGAAUGAUGUACUUGAAACAUUUUCCAUUACUGAAUCUCACCAUCUGCGAUCUAGGAAACCUAUUCUCAGUAGCAGAUUUUUUCCAAAUAAAAAGGCUGAGAAAAAAUCAGAAAGUUUGUCCUGCAUACGAGAGCCAAUGGAACUCAUAGGAAAUUCUACUCAUCAUGCUUCGUGGGAAAAUAUUGUUGCCAAUAACUGUCUUUCUAAUAAUGCUCUGGUGUUUGAUUCAGAUAGGCUUGAUCGUGAUAUGCACAAACGUAACCUGAAGAAACGAACCUUAAAUAAGCCAUCUAAUGGUAGAGACCAAGUUGUCAAUAAUGAGAGCUCUAAAUUGAUGUAUAAUCACCACAAUUCAGCAGAUUGUAAUUCUGGGAACAUGCAAUUCAUGCCAUUAAGUAUCAGUGAUAAAAAAGUAAAGUCUAAAUGUUUUGUUAAUAGUUCUAAACUUGCCCCUGUUACUGACUUGUCUGAUGAGAACUUGUUUUCUGAAAGUGAAGAAUCCUUAAGUUCUCCAGAUGACAUUGACGGUUUGGCUGAUGUACCACCUCCAGAUACCACCAGUGAACUCGAAUUGACUUCCCAAUCUGGUGUCUUAGGUUCAGAAAUAGUGAUCCCUGCUCCAGAAGGUUUUCAGAAUUCUAUUGGUGCUGAUGAAGAAGACUGUUUGACUGGUUUAGAAAAAUUAAAUGUCAAAUCUGAAGGCAAUGGUGCUACAGAAUCUAUAAAGCCUCAAAUUAAAAAGAAACCAGCACAUCUUAAAAAUUCCUUACUUAAAAAUAUUUCCACAGAUAGUAUUGAACCUGAGGAUAUUAAACAUGAAAGAAGUAAAAGUGAUGCCUUUGUGAAUGAUAAGCCAUCUCUUGCAAAGAAAGAGUCAAAUGGAAGAAGACACAGUUCAGGAUGUGUAAAGAACUUCAAAAAGCUCUUUGAACGGGAAUUUGCUAUCUAUGAUAAAGUUGCUAAGUCAUCUGAUGGUGGUGGCAGCCCAGACCUCCCAGAUGAAGAAGACUCAUCUGAAGGUAAAGGACAUAGUCACACCAAGAAAAGAACACAGAACGAUUUAAAAACAGAUAAAGCUCAACCUGACACUUUUUUUGCUAAUGCCAAUAAUGUGCAAGAAGAAAAUGACAAUUCUUUUUUCCCACCACCUCCUCCGCCUGAAGAAUUAGCCUUUGAAGAGGUCUCUUCCAACAAUCCAAAAAAUGGCUCUCCUGCAACCACUCCUUCCCUAGACCAAAAACUGUCCAAAGCCAAUAAGCUUUUCCCACAGAUUUCAGAUUCUUCCACCAAAAACAUGAAUCAGACUAAUGAAAAGAUUGGUUCUAAGGAUCCUGAUCGUAAACUUAUGGAGACGUACCGGAACCUAGAGGAACUGAUUAGCCGUCUCCGGAACUCCUCUCACAGCAAUGGUUCCAGAGUCAACCAGCUUACAGAAAAGAUUAGUCUAUUCUGUGCCACUUGUGGGACCUACACUGCCAGUAUAGCAGCACAAGAACAGUUUCAUUUCCGUGAGCUCAUCUCCAUCUUGGAGAGCCAGAAGGAGCGGUUUCAUUCAUAUUCCAGCAAAUGCUCGAGUGAUGUGAAACUGCUGACUGAAAUGCAUAGCACAAUUAGAGACUUGAUAAACAUUGUUCAGAGGUGAAAUUUUUAUACAUGUGACAAAUGACUCGGUGCAAUCGUUUUAUACAUAUAAAAAUGUCUAGUCUGCAUUGAAGAUGGACUUAUUUCACAUACCACUAUGUUAGGUUUAUGUACUUAGUUGUUUUGUAAAUAUUCUCUGUGUGACAAAUUUGUUGUAUGGUUUCAAAAAUCAGCCUCAGGACAAUUUUAUAGGUUCUUCUGGCAAAGAACAUGCACUUCUUACUUGACCAGUCACUCAUGUGAUGUAAUCACCUUUAUUUGUAGAUAAAUUUGUUCUAAGAUUUUUUUUUAAAUUGAAACAUUGGGUUUUUUUUUUAUAAUAGUGUUGCUUUUAUUAAUUACAUACUUGUCUAGCAAUAUUUUUAAUGAUUCCAGAUUUAGUUUACUGAAAAGAAUGAUUUAUUAAAUUUUUUAAAUGUUAUAUAAAUUAUUAUUUUAUUAUUAUUUUCCUUCAUUAUUACAGUAGCUGUUAUACUUUAGAGGAGCUUUACCCCAUUUCUUUGUUUCAGUUGAAAUGAAAAAUUUGAAACCUUAUAUAUGGUCAUCUUGGAUUUGAUUGACUUAAAAGCAUUAUCUCAGCUGUUUGAAAAAUAUUGAAUAUUUUAAUCCAUAUUAAUUUCGUAGGACUUUUUGCUUACAUGCAUAUAUACACAUACAAAAUAUUUAUUUGAAAGGUUUUAUUAAUAAAGAUUUCUUUCAUUGUUAAAUUUGAAAUUAAAAGAAAAUGGGAAAUUUAUAAUAGAACUAUAGGUAAAAUAUGAAAAUAAUGAUUUAUAAUAUUUGGAUCAAUCCAAUAAUAUAGCAUUAUUAUCAUUACUUUGUAUUUUUAUUUUAUACUUUUAUAUAUUUUGAUGCUUUGUCACCUAUUUAAUUCAACAUUUUUUUUCUUUGAAAUGAAAAAUCUGCAUUAAAGAUGAAAGGAAUUGCAAAUUUAUUCAAUUUUACUGUUUAGUUAUUACUACUCGUCAUUUUUCAGAAUAUGCUUAUUUUAAUAAUUCAUUAACCAUUUUUCAGUAAGUUUAUUUGUGGAAUUCAACUAGAAAAAAGAUACUUUAUACAUAAAAUUGUGAUCAAUUUAAGGACAAUUAUGUUAUAGAAAUUUAAGGAAUCUUGGAAUUUUUCUGAAUUUCAUACUCUGCUUUCAUUUGUCUGUAUUAUCCUUUAUUGGUAAAUGAUAAAAAUUUGCUGUCAUCUGAAACAAAUUGGAAGUUUUUGAAUGAUAGAAAACCUUUUAACAAUCAAGAAACAUCUAAACAUUUAGAAAAAUUAAAAAUUAGUCCUAAAAUGUGUUCUUGGAAAAUGUUCAGAUUUAUAAUUUUUUUUCCCUUGUCUUUUUUGUGAAAUAAGCAAUAAGAUAUGUAUUCAUCAAAUGGAAGCAAUUCAUUUAUUAUACUAGUCAUACUGUAUGUGCCUAAAAAGUAAAAUUAUCAUCAAAUUACUUAUGAUAAUAAAUUUUGAUAUGCAGAUUACUUCAUAUGCUUCAUGGUAAAAUGCAAAAAUAACUAGUGUCAUGAUUUUUUUUUUCGCUCCUUUUAACCAUUUUAAAGGUUCUACUGUUGCAUUCAUGCAUACAAAUUCAUAUUGGGACUAGUAUUUCCCUUCAUAUUAAUCAUGCAUAUAAUGCUGUUUUUAUGCCGAGAGUGUUUUAUACUGACUUAUCUGAGGACUGUACCAGUUUCUGAAAUGAUGUCAUUGUAAUAAGAAAUAAAAGGAAAAACUACUUUCUGGAUUUGAAUUUGGCCAUUUUAAAUCUUCUGAUAUGUUUCCUUUGUCAUAAAUCAAUAAACUUUUGUUUAAACUAUCUAGCACAAAAUGCACCCGAGUAUUUGAUGCCAAGUCCUUCAAUAGGCAUUUGAACUAAACUGAAUAUAUUUAAAAAUAUUAUAUGUUCAGUCAUUGUAUCAAUUCUUUUCGAUAACUUUUGGUUUAUAUAUGUUAUGGUCCAAGAUAACUACAGAAUUUUAUUGGUUAUCAUGGUUCCUUCAAGAAUCUUUGAUAUAGCUCUCUCUAUCUGAUUGGAACCUUUUAUAAAAUAAGGUGGAUUACACUUUUAACUUUUCAUGACAUUCCAGAGCUACAUUUUCUUCCAUUUGCACUUGCAUCAGCUUAUAUAAUCAAUAAAGCAAUACUAUAUUGAUAUGUCUUAUUGCAAAUUUAAGGCAUAUCUUUUGGGGGGUAUGUCUUUAGUUUGCAAUGCGUCUUUAGUUUAGAAAGUGCCUUUUCUAGGGCACUUUCUUUAACAUUAUAGACUAAAUCUAUUCAUGAUAAUAUAAUAGAAUUCAAAUAGAUUUCUUUUUUAGUUUUAUGUCUGACUAAGAAUGACAGAUGAAAAGUAUUUAAAAAUAUUUCUUUUCAAAGAUUGAUUGUUAAAUUUUUAUAUUUUAGUAGUUUUUAUUUUAUAAUCUGAAUUUGCGUGUUGUAUGUUUUGUCCUGUAACAAUGAUUUAGACCAGAGUUUUAACUAGUAAGCAUGUGUUCUAUUGGUGGCCUUACUCCCUGAUGACCUUAUAAAGAGGUUUCGAUGUGCUACUCAAAAUUUGAACUUGUGACUAAAAUUUGAACUCGGAUCAUUGAAAGAUUACCAAAAAAAAUUCAGUUACAUUGAAAUAUACAUAACUAAAGCUUAAUCAUUUUAUAAAUAGCAAGUCUGUAAAAGUUGGCUAAAUUUUGUGUCAUUUCAAAUACUUUUUUUAGAUUCUUUAAGAGUUAAUAAAUUAAAAUAUAAAUCCAUAAAAUUUUAUUUGUAAUCUAUUCAAAUAUGAUACUAAGAUAACUUUUAUAGCUGAUAUAAAUGAGUAGCAAGCAUGCAUCUUGAGUAUCUCAUGACAUUGUUAAAUUUUUAUAUAAUUUAAAUUUAAUAAAUUAUAUCUAGUCAAAGACCACUUACAGAAAUAAUAUUCAGAAUCAAGGUUUUGUAUAUUAUUUAAUUUUUUUUUAUGGUUGCAAUUUUAUUAUAGGAUGAAAAUCA